CGCGGCCACCGCGCCCGGUGCUGGGCACGGGGGGGGAUCGGGGCUCCUUCCUCUGCUUCCCUCAGCUUCCUCACCUGCGCCGCGGUGGAGGCAGGAUCCGGCCUGCCCGGGACGGCGCUGAGCACCACAUGAGUGUCGGAGCAGCAUGGCCAGCGACGCGAGGAUGGGGGAGACCCCGGCGCGGUGGAGAAGAGCCCCGGAGGCCGCGCAGGACUCCCGGGGGAUGGAGAGCAGCGGGAUGCUUUUAUCCCGAAGCGCCGCUGCCGAGCUGGGACUCGCGGGCUACCCGGAGCCCGGCAAGCUGAGCUACGCCGUGGAGAAAGGAUGUCCCUGGAGGGGCUCCGAGGGAUGCCUGGGGCCCGUCCGGGAGCUCGCCGCUGGCCGCCUGGGCUGUCCCUACGCCCCGGCCCCGCCGUGCCUGAGCCGCCCCAAGGACGGAGCCGAGCUGCCCCCGCUGCCGCCGCCCCGGAACGGGCAGCCCAAGGCGGGCUGGGGGGAGCCGGGCAAGGAGCGCCCGGGGCCGCGCUGGGCCGAGGCCGUGCUGGCCCCGCUGGCCCUCUACAGCCACGCGUACCAGCGCUACCCGCUGCCCGUGCCCGGGCUGGACACGCCGCGCCCCGGCACGGCCGGCAAGCCCCGCAGCGCGGCGGGGGACGCGGCCGGAGACCCCCCGGCCUUCCCGCACUGCCCCUUCCUCGUGGAGGCCAAGCACGGCCCCUUCCUCCUGUCCUCGCUGCUGCCCGCCGGGCCCCCGGCCGAGCCCCCGUUCGGCAGCGCGGGGGCCGAGGGGCCGGGCCCGGGGGGCGACGGGCGCUUCGCCGGCCUGGACUGGCCCUUGGGCUCCUACGCGCCCCCCUGGGGACAGCCCCUCUACCUGGGGGUCCCGCCGAGGUGCAAGGCGGCUCCGGCCCCCUUCGACGGCUGCUCCGGCUCAGGGAACAAGGAGUUUUACGCCAAGAAAGGACCCGGGUUCCACCCCUCGGCCAAGAACCACGCGGCGCCGCAGCUGCUGGGCAAGAGCCGAGCAGGGCACGACGGAGACGGGGAGGGGGAGCCGGCGGUGCCGGAGCUGCCGGGAGCCCCGUGGAGGGAUGGCCGGGCGGGGGGCAGCUCGGCGGUGCCCGCUCCCCAUCCCCGCACGCCUCCCCCCGGCGCCAGCCGCCCCCUGUUCCUGCUGCAGCCCGGCUCGGGGGGCUCGGGGGGCUGCGGGGGGCCCUGGGUGGGCGCGCGGCCCCACGCCGCCGAUUUUUCCAUGGACACGGGGCCGGGCCGGCCCUUGGAGCCCAAAGACGAGCGCCUGGGCUACCGAAGCGCCCAGCCCGGCUCGCCCCCGGCGUGCGGGGAGCCCCAUCCCUCGCACCCAGCGGCUCCGGCCAAGCCCGAGCCCUCCCCGGGCUGUCUGUGCCCCACGCCGGGCUGCGAUGGGUGCCCGGGGGUGCCCAACCUCUUCGAGCCCCCCCUGGGCAUGGCCGGGGGGCGCUUUCCGUGCCCCCCCAGCAACCACACCAAGCUGAAGAAGACGUGGCUGACGCGGCACUCGGAGCAGUCGCUGCCUCGCUCCAAAGCUCCCCGGCGGGACGGGGGUCCCGAGCCCCCCGGGGAGGGCAAGCGCUCGGCCAAACGCCCCCACGGCACCGCCGAGGGUCCCCGCCCCGCCGGAGAGGGCGCCGGGGCGGCCAAGAGGGGCACCAAGGCCACCGCGGGCACGGGUGAUGGCACGGAGAGCGCGGGGGACGCCGAGGAGAGGAGGAUGGAGCUGGGAGAGGAAGAGCUGCCGAGCCGUGCGGGGGAGCCGUGGUGCCUGCAGAGCCUGCCCUGCACGGCGCUGCCCCCCGGCAUCCCCCGCUGCUGUGCCUGCGCCCCCCGCGCCGGGGGGGACCCCGAGGGCGAGGAGGAGGAGGAGGAGCCCCCCGAGAGCCCCUGCAGGCUGCUGCACUUCCGCAGGCUCGCCCUGGGGGACAGCGGCGAGCUGAGCGUCGAUGGCCUCUGCAGCCUGCGGGAGGCCGAGGGCGAAGCGGCCGGCGCUGCCCCGGGGCUCAGGAGCGCGGGGAGCAGCCUCUGCCUGGCCAAGUACCUGCUGGGGGUCCUGGGGGACCCCUUCUGCGCCGCCGUCCGCAGCGACAGGGACACGUGGCCGGGAGCCCCCGGCGGGCCCGAGGGGGUGACGGGCUGGCGGCGGGGGGAAGGAGCCCCGCAGCUCUGUGACGCCUGCCAGCGUGGCUUCUUCAACUCCCACUGGAGCUGCGCCAGAUGUGGCUUCCAGCUGUGCCCCGAGUGCCACCGCAGCCGGCGGGAGGAGAGUGGCGCUGAGGGCCCGGCGCUGCCCCCGGAGUGUGCCCCCGGGCGGGACCACCACGUGUCAGCGCUGGUCCCCACGCAGUUCGUCCCCACCUGUGUCCUGACCCGGCUCUGGAAGCUCCUGCACGAGGUCAGGGCCAAGUUUGGCAUCGAGUCGCGCUGUCCCUGCGGGGCGGGGGCCGCGGAGCAGAGCCUGGCGGAGCCCCCGGGCAGGCAGGAGCCGCCGGGGGCCGCGGUGCCCGCCGUGCCCCCCCGCAGCCACGGCCCCGCCGACCCCGCCCGGCCCAUCAAGGAAGAGAGCCCCGAGGGGGGGCCGCCGUCCCCGGGGCAGCCCCCGGCGCGGGGGGGGGCGGUGCAGAGCACGACCCUCUGCGACCUGCUGGCCUCCACCGCCGUGAAGCUGUGCCUGGGCCAGGACGGCGUGCGCAUGGCCUUCGCCCCCGUGGCACCGGCGCUGCCCAGCGACAAUCGCCUGACCAGCAUCCUGGACAGCAUCAUCGCCCGCGUGGUGGAGAAGAAGAUCCAGGAGAGGCAGGCGGGGGCCGAGCUGAGCCCCCCCGGCUCCCCGGACCCCCCCGCAUCCCACUGCAUCCUGACCCCCAGCGGGCUGCUCUGGCUGCACGAGCCCGGCCACGCCAGCAACUACAAACUGUUCCAGGAGCACUGGAGGCAGGGCCAGCCUGUGCUGGUUUCAGGGCUGCAGAAGAGGCUGGAGCCGCGCCUGUGGGCGCCCGAAUCCUUCCAGCCCCCGGGGCAGGAGGAGGAGGAGGUGGAGGCCGUGAACCUGCGGGCACCGCGGAGCCGGGUCCGGAUGAGCAGCCGCCAGUUUUGGGAUGGCUUUGCCGCCAGCACAGCAUCCCCCGAGCAGGAGCAGGGCGGCGGGGACCCGCUGAAGCUGGAGCGUGCCCUUGGGGACACGGAGCUGAGCCGGGCCACCAACCUGCAGGCCAGCCUGCCCCUGCCCGAGUACUGCGGGGCCAGCGGCCGCCUCAACCUGGCCAGCUACCUGCGGGGCCGCCGGGGCCGGCGCUGGCUCCGCCCGCGCGUCUGCGUGGCCUACGGCGCGCAUCCGCAGCAGCAGAACUUCGGGACCAAACCCCUGACGGUGGAAGCGGCCGACUCCAUCACCGUCCUGGCGCACUCAGAGCCCGCUCCGCGGGGUACGGGGGGCGGUGCGGGCCCCCCCAGGCCCAGCCCCGCGCCCCGCGCCCCCCCUGAGCCCCGUGUCCCCGCAGAGCUGCCGCUGCCCGCGGGCGCGGAGGAGCUGGAGGCGGCGCAGCGGGCGCGGCUCGGCGCCGGGGCGCGGCCCGGGGCGCUCUGGCACAUCUUCCGCGCCGAGGAUGCCCCGCGGAUCCGCGAAUUCCUGCGCCGGGUGGGCGCCGGGGGUCCCGAGCCCGCUGCGGAGCCCAGCUCCGCUCUGCCCGGCACCGCACGGGAGCCGGGCCCGGACGGGGCGGCCCCGGCGGAGCCCCCCGGGCGCUACCUGGAGCCCGGGCUGCGGCGGCGGCUGCGGGACGAGUGCGGGGUGAGCGGCUGGAGCCUCCUGCAGCUGCCGGGGGACGCCGUGCUGGUCCCCGCCGGGGCUCCCCACCAGGUGCAGAGCCUCGGCGGCACCAUCAGCGUGGAGCAGCAAUUCCUGUCCCCGGAGAGCGCCGUGCGCCUCCGCCACCUCGGCACCGGCCCCGCCGGGACCCCGCGCCAGCUCCGCGCCCAGCUGGACGGGAUGAUGUUCGCCGCCGUGAGGGAGGCGCUGGGAGUCCUGCGGGGCUGCCAGUGAGGGCACGGAGCGACGGGAGGACACCGGGAGCGUCGGGCACGGGCACGGCCGGGGCACCGGGAGCCUCGGGCACGGCCGGGAUACCGGGAGCCUCGGGCACGGCCGGGGCACCGCGGGGAGCCGGCACCGGGC